UCGGAAAAUCACCCGUUAUUUUGCCGAAAUCCGGGUAGUUUCUCGUGAAAGCUCCUUGCCUCCUUCCUCCUCGUCUAAUCACCGACAUCUACGCAUCCCCUCUCGCCCAAUCUGUCAAUUUUUCACCAGCACAUAGGCGCUCCACACGAAGGGUAUAAGUAGUUCAGCCAUUCUCGUCAUUGUAUCCACCAGAGAGCAGCGCGUGCUCCCCACUCACCUAUAAUCGCCCACCCCUUCCGAUCCCGCCACCAACUCUACGCUCGCCACCACGAGCCUUGAAUCCCCCAUUCCAGCCGUUAGAGGCUCAUCAAUUCCUCCCUCACUACGAGUCGAUUGUCGGACCUUUUCUGUCCCCAUCACCAUGGCGCGCGCUGUUCUCGGUCUGCUGCUGCUGCUCCUCAUCGCCCCAUCCGCCGUGCUUGCUCGCAAGCGCGCGUCGCAGUCGUCCGGCUGCGUCAAGUCGACGCUCCCGGGGUACACGUCAGCAGUCGACCUCAACGGCAAAGGACUCAUGUUUCACUGGAAGGUCUCAGGAUCGACUCUCAGCGCCGCCGUUCAGACAACAUCCAACAAGGGCUCAGUCUCCGUCGGCUUCUCUAAGGGCGGCAAGAUGUUCCCCGCAGACGUUGUCACUGGCUAUAGCGGAGGCGCUGUUAAGGCGUAUAAGCUCACUGGCUAUUCAGGCGGCACCGCGAGCAAAGUAAAAGCCAGUGGCAUUAGCUCAACUACCUUCAAGUUUACUCGCUCGGGCAACGACGGAACUGUGCCCAUCAACUACGCGGGCUCCAACACUCUCAUCUGGGCGUAUGGAACUAGCAACAAGAAGCUGACUGACCAUGGCAAGAACCGUGGUUCCAAGUCUGUUGACUUGACUUGUGUCGGCUAACCAGACGGUGCCACCAGAAAGUGCCAUGCUUUGGUGUCUUAGUUAAUAGACCUCGUUAGGGUAAGUGCCAUGCUUUGAGGAUAAUUAUGUUGUGGGCGAAUUGAAGUAGCUAAACCCUCAUCAAAUUCAGCACGUGUGUUAUAACGGUACGUCACCGAUAGUCAAAACUGAAUGUAGAACGCACCCCAUUCGAUU